GCGCCGGAUUAGUGCGCAAGCUGAGCGCCAUCUGUGGAAGUGGGCCACGGGGCGGGGACAGACGCCGACGGCGGCUGAGGCAGCGGCAUCCCGGCCGGGCUCGGACUCGGCCGACAAUGGUGGACAAUCGCUACGCCACGGCGCUGGUGAUCGCCUGCGUGCUGAGCCUCCUGGCCACCGCCUACCUGUGCGUGGGCGUGGGCACGCAGCAUUGGUACCAGUACAGCAGCCCGCCGGUGCGCGGCGAAGCCAAUGCAUCCGAGCUACGCGGCCUCUACGACGAGUUCAUGGACGGUGAAUUCGACGAGAAGACCUACAGCGACACGCUGUUCAGACUCAACGGCAGCGUGGGCCUGUGGUGGCGUUGUGUGCUCGUGCCCGACGCACCGCAAUGGGCCAAGGAGACAGGUGGGAAGGCGGCACUGAAGUGCAGAAGCUUCACCGUCCAGCAACAGCUGACGCCAAAGUACAAGGAGCCCGGAAACCACAACAGCGGAGAAGACAUGCUCCGCACUUACUUAUGGCGUUUCCAGUUUGUGCUGCCGCUAGUCUCUCUGGGUCUAGAGGUGUUGGCGGGCCUGAUAGGGUUCUGCGCUUGCCUGUGCCGGAGCCUAGCACCUACGCUAACCAUCGGCGUGCUUCACCUGUUGACAGGUCUGUGCUCGUUAGCCACAGUGUGCUGCUACCUGGCGGGGACGGACCUCCUUCACAGGGUGUCGGUGCUUCCCGACAAGGUGGACGGCUCACUGGGCUGGUCGCUCUACUUGGCGCUCAUGUCGUCGCCCCUCCACAUGAUGGCGGCUGCCCUGCUGCUGUGGGCGGCGCGUAGCCACGGACGUAGCUACUACCGCAUGGCCGCCUACCGCGUUGCUUGACCGGUUAAUAUUGCUAGCUUUCGCAAAAACACGCUAAAUUGGGAAACCAAACCAAACUUCAUUGGGGUUUUUUCUGCUGUAAAUUUAAAUGUGUUUAUCAGAAGUCUAAUCCAUUUGAAGUGGGAGACUGGCAACGUUUGCCAACCCACUUCAAAUGAAUUGGACAUCUAUAGCCGUCAAUGAGUUAAGCAGUGUCUGACCAAGCCACGAUAGCAAUCACUAUACAUUCAAGUGAGUACAAAGUAUACUGAUAUCGGUGCAACACUAAAAAAUUACAGGUAGUCCCCGGGUUUCGACUUACCCGACUUACGUGAUUUCGACUUGACGACGGCGGAGUCUCGGCCGCCAUUUUGUUGUCCUUUUGUUUUCUUUUAAAGUUGUGUAAACAGUACCUUAUUGUACUUCACAGUAUCUUAUUUUUACUUGAUUUUAUUAAUAUGACUGUUCUGCCCUUUGGCGAAAUGUGUAUUUGCUUAUAAUGUUGACUUUUGUUUUGUGAUGCAUGCUUUUAUUUUGGCGCAGGUAGUACUUCCGCACUUGAGUAAGAGCCCAUGUACGGACGAAGAAGAAUGUAUUUGGCGCACACGAAGAACAGCGCAUUUGCACCCACGAAGAAGUCGCGUAGCCAAGUGAGAGUGAAGGGAAACAUUGCAGCUUAGCUCGCUGUCUAGCUAGGACUUAGCUCCAACAUCUUGGCAACGACAUGUUUUUGGAUAGUUAUUUUGAGAUUUCAGGGGUGUUUAGGGCAUACGCGGAGUUUGUUGGCCGAAAUGUAUGAUUUUAAAAUUAAGAAUUUUCCGGUAAAAUAUUGUCUAUAAAAGAUGUAAAGCAAUAUAACAACAACAAAAAUGAAUGAAAUGAACAAAAAAAGAUAUUUUUAUAAUGGGUCAAAAUUAUUUUUCGAACAGAUUAUGUAACUAGCACCUUAGACGGUCAUUUGCUUUGCUUAGCCAAAACCACCCGAGGACCGAAGAGACAAGAUGGAUAUACGUAAUUUUUUUAAAUCUAGGCUCUCAAAAGCGACAACUACUGAGCAAGAACCAAGGAUUUAAAUUGUGGACCGUAAAACACCAGAGAGCAACUGCCAAAAUGGUGAGCGAAGUUUCAAUUUGCCCUACUAAAGACACAUUGUACAACAAAGCCACCACCGGUGUCUUGCCAAUGUAGCUAAAACACAGUUAUAGUGUAUAUUUUGGUCAUCGACGAUUAUUAAACUGGAGAAACUCCAUACAGGACUGGAAUAACAGUUAUAGGCAUCCUACUAGUAAAACACUUAAACAUUGCCUUUUUUUACGUUCAAAAAUUUGAUGGAUAGGCCAUGUUUUAAAACCUCGCAGGUAACCACAGUGGGGCAAAUAAGUAUUUAGUCAACCACUAAUUGUGCAAAUUCUCCCACUUGAAAAUAUUAGAAAGGCUUGUAAUUGUCAACAUGGGUAAACCUCAACCAUGAGAGACAGAAUGUGGAAAAAAAACCAAAAAAAUCACAGUUUGAUUUUUAACAAAUUUAUUUGCAAAUCAUGGUGGAAAAUAAGUAUUUGGUCAACACCAAAAGUUCAUCUCAAUACUUUGUUAUGUACCCUUUGUUGGCAAUAACGGAGGCCAAACGUUUUUGGUAACUCUUCACAAGCUUUUCACACACUGUUGCUGGUAUUUUGGCCCAUUCCUCCAUGCAGAUCUCCUCUAGAGCAGUGAAUUUUUGGGGCUGUUGUUUGGCAACACUGACUUUCAAUUCCCUCCACAGAUUUUCUAUGGGGUUGAGAUCUGGAGACUGGCUAGGCCACUUCAGGACCUCUAAAUGCUUUUUCCGAAGCCACUCCUUUGUUGCCCUGGCUGUGUGUUUAGGAUCAUUGUCAUGUUGAAAGACCCAGCCACGUCUUAUCUUCAAUGUCCUUGCUGAUGGAAGGAGAUUUUCACUCAAAAUCUCUCGAUACAUGACCCCAGUCAUUCUUACCUUUACACAGAUAAGUCAUCCUGGUCCCUUUGCAGAAAAACAACCCCAAAGCAUGAUGUUUCCACCCCCAUGCUUCACAGUGGGUAUGGUGUUCUUCAGAUGCAAUUCAGUAUUCUUUCUCCUCCAAACACGAGAACCUGUGUUUUUCAUCUGACCAUAACACAUUCUCCCAGUCCUCUUCUGGAUCACCCAAAUGCUCUCUGGCAAACCGCAGACGGGCCUGGACGUGUACUUUCUUCAGCAGGGGGACAUGUCUGGCAGUGCAGGAUUUGAGUCCCUGGCGGGGCAUUGUGUUACUGAUAGUAGCCUUUGUUACUGUGGUCCCAGCUCUCUGUAGGUCAUUCACUAGGUCCCUCCCAUGUGGUUCUAGGAUUUUUGCUCACCGUUCUUGUUAAUAUUUUGACGCCACGGGGUGAAAUCUUGCAUGGAGCUCCACAUCAAGGGAGAUUAUCAAUAGUCUUGUAUGUCUUCCAUUUUCUAAUAAUUGCUCCCACAGUUGAUUUCUUUACACCAAGCGUUUUACCUAUUGCAGAUUCAGUCUUCCCAGCCUGGUACAGGUCUACAAUUUUGUCUCUGGUGUUCUUCGACAGCUCUUUGGUCUUGGCCAUAGUGGAGUUUGGAGUGUGACUGACUGAGGUUGUGGACAGGUGUCUUUUAUACCGAUAAUGAGUUAAAACAGGUGCCAUUAAUACAGGUAAUGAGUGGAGCCUCGUUAGAAGAAGUUAGACCUCUUUGACAGCCAGAAAACUUGCUUGUUUGUAGGUGACCAAAUACUUAUUUUCCACUCUAAUUUGGAAAUAUAUUCUUCAAAAAUCAAACAAUGUGAUUUUCUGGGGUUUUUUCCACAUUCUGUCUCUCAUGGUUGAGGUUUACUCAUGUUCACAAUACACAAGUAGGAGAACUUGCACAAUUGGUGGUUGAUUAAAUACUUAUUUGCCCCACUGUACAUCACCAAAACACGGAAAUCAAGCAAAUCUGUGCAGCGCAUUGGCUCCUCCCAGGGGAUAAAAUUUUUGACUGGGGUAACUUCAUUGGCACAACACCGGCGGGUGUACCAUAUUCAAUGGAUUACCAUCUUGGCGAAAUGUAUAGCCUAAGCAGCCUGAUUUAGAAUUCCCUUCAAGAAUGAUGGAAAACAAAAACAAAAAAAAAAACGCUCAUUUUCAACUUAUUAUUAUAAAUAUUCUUGUAAGUUAAUUUUAUUGCUGACACUGCAGUUCGAGGUCAUCAACAUGUUGUGCCCCCCUGGCCCAAACGUCAAACUCUGCCUAUGGUUUACGGGUACUUAAAGGGAAAUUCGGGUUACGUCGCCAGCGUAGGAACGGAAAUCGUUCGUAACCCAGGGACAACCUAUAUACAAAAUUAUGGUACAAGUGUUAAAAAAACUAAAGAUAACCCCCCAAAAAAAGAAUAUUUAACAGACAGAUGUCAAAAUUGGAAUUCUGGGAUAAAUUAAUCGUCAAAAAUUGCGAGGCCUAUUUUUCUUGUAGAAAAAAAAGUCAUAUUAGAAAACUGCUGCUGUUUGCUCCUCAGUUAAUCAUCAGAACUGUAUUUCACCAUGUAAACCAAGUUGCUAUUGAUUUAUUUAUUUAUUAUUUUGAGUGUCUUUCUUUGUCAGUAUUAGUGGCUGAUUUAACUUAAGCUUCGUUUUUUUUUGUGUUUCCAUGUUUGGUAUUGUUUAGUUUUUCACUAUUUCUACAAGUACUGUAAUUUCCUGACUAUAAGGCGCACCUGACUAUAAGCCCCACCCACCAAAUUUGACACGAAAAAGGCAUUUGUUCAUAGAUAAGCCGCACGGUAACACUUUAUUUGACAAUGGCAUCAUGAGACUGUCUUCGACCAAACGAACCACUGAGCUUCAAGAAGCUUCAUUUGGCCUCAGUGCUCCCUUGGGGGAGACAGUCACUCUCUGCUGCCACCUGCUGUUAAAACUCGGACGAAUAUAUACAU